GAAACGAGAGUUAUUCUGUUUUUGAAGAGUCUUGAAAAGUCUGGAAAAGGACGCGGUGACCUGAUUGGUCCCUGACUUGGAUGAAUUUUUUUAAAGAAAGUUUCCGCGGCCUUGGUGUUUUACCCGAACAGAAUUGCAAAAUUGAUCUUUGGAUGAAACCGAACUGAUCUCACUUCACUACGAUAAUCGUGCGCUCUUGCCUGAUAAUGAUGCUAAAGAUAUAAAAAAAAAAAUCUUCCCUUGUGUUACAAGAUAAUCAUCGCUCCUGUGGCCCAUUUGCACUGAAGGAUCCAGAACUCACAAUUGAACUCACAAUUGUCCCCGAUUCCUGUAUUUACCAAGUACCACUUGCAGCCCUAGCUGACGGAGGAGACAGGUUUGUAUCAGAGACAUUCAGGAUUCGAAUCGUUCCCUCUUUGAUGACUCUCAGGCUUAUUCAAGACAGCUCCCCAUAA